AAAGGGACGUGACACAUAUGACAAGUACUGCGUGUUUCCCAAUCGUGUUAGCAUGAAUCCUGAACAAGUUAAAACCUUGAAGUAUGAAGCUCGUAUGCUGAAACCAACAAUUCCUUUCUACGUGUGCACUAUGAAGGAAGGAAAUACCCUGGAAGGCAAAGCAAAAAUGUACUUCACUAGGAAGUUCAGCAAGGCCUACAUCUCAAAGAAUCUUGACCUGCCAGCAAAUGUGAAAGUGUUCUCCAACAAGGAAAGCUGUGGGAAAGUGAGGAUGAUCAUGGGCAAAGGAAAGGCAACAGGUGCACAGAUCACAACAAACUGGAGAGUUGUGGUGGAGAAUACCAGGAUGGAGAUAAAUGAUAUCUUCAUAUUUAGGUUUCGUGUUAGCGCCAAAGAUGGUCUCUUGUUGUUCGUUAAAGAACUCAAGUAAUGACCUAGGCUGCAUUCUCUAAGUACUUGUAAUCAAACUUCUAAGUAGAUGUUGGCUGGAUCUUAAGUACCUGUAAUAGCUAGGCUGGAUCUUAUGGGCUUGUAUAGCUCUUGCUUUUGGUCACUUUGGAGCACCAUCUAUGGUUGCUUUUGGUACUAUGUAUGGUUGCUUUUGGUGGUAUGAAAUGCGAAUUAUGGUU